GGCACGACGCGACCGCCCUCAGUCCACCGCCGUCCGUGUCAGCGUCGAUUGUCGUCGUGUGAUCCGUCGUCGCCGCCUCCGAUAGCUGUAAUAACUAACGCAAAACCCUCCCCACUACCCCGUUUGCGAAUUUUAUUUUUUGAUUCUGAAGCUACAUUAAGACAUUUUCCGCGGCUCACUGGUCGCUAUAUAUUUUUGCGAGACAUUUGAUUAUUUGUUUUUUUUUUUUAUUUCGUUUCCGUUUCGUCGUUUACAGGAUUUUUUUGUAUGUGCGCGAUCGUAACAGUUUUCCAACGCGGUAAUCCGCAGCGGAGACACUUGCAGUCGUCGUAGUUCGCGUACAAUCGCCACUCCACGCAGUUUCGGCGAAAUGGCCAAGGCUCCAGGAGAAAGCAAGAUACCUGUGUUGCAUUCUAACCAGUUAAGAUCUCGAUUUUCUAAUAUUUCAAGUAAAGUCCGUUCGCAUCUUGAUGGUUCUUAUCGAACUUCGUCUCCAUCAAUGCUAUUUGGACUUUUUAGCAAUACUGAAAAUAAAGUACAUCCACCCACUCGUCCAUCUUCACUUUUUAAAUCAACUAGUCGUACCACAGUGUCUGAAAAAGAUGUUGGAAGUUAUGUUGAAUUAACUAGGCAUUCAAGAACUGGCAUUCUUAGAUAUUUUGGUAAAACUGUGUUGGGUCCUGGCGAUUGGUGUGGAGUAGAAGUUGAAAGUGGACAUGGAGUUUGUGAUGGAUCUAUAUGUGGAGUAAGAUAUUUUUCUUGUCGUGAUCAAUGCGCAUUGUUUGUCUUGGCACACUUGGUGCGUAAAUCCGAGUGUCAAAAUGUUGUCGAUAUCAAAACAGAAGCUGAACUCAUGUCUGACGACGGCUGUACAUCUACUUUGGAAAAUUGGGAUUUAGAUAUUUUGAAAACAGAAUUUCCAUUUGAGUGCACUGACAGUCUUGGUAUAUUAUCACCAGAUCAAAUGGUUGAAUUUAGAGGUGAUGAAGCAAAUUAUGAAGUUCCAGGUCUUCUUUUUAAAAUGUCACCUCAUCAAUUAACAGAGUGUAUUUCUGAUGGGGAUGUAACAAUGAAUGAUUUAGAAACAAUUUCUAUGCCUAAAGAUGACGAUUUAGUUUCUCCAGUUCUGUCUUCAGAUCCCUCUAAUCAUACAGUAUCUGAACACGAUAGUGCAAGUGCCUAUCCAAAACGCUCAACUGUUUCUUUUGGACACGUUUUUUACGAUAAUUUUACAAUCGAUCGGACUCCAUCACUAGAAGAUUUACCCAUGGAUGAUUUUUCAUCAAAAACAACAACUGCUGUGGUUCCAGUCCCUAAUAUUCCUACAAUAAACACAGUUGUUACAAGCAUAACCAGUGUUAGUAGUCUUGAUACUGGUUAUCAAGGUGAUUGUGAAACUAGUCGUCCUACUAGUCGUGGAGCUAUGGUUAAACGACUUGGACCAACCGAACCAAUGACAGAUUCAGAUUUUUUUACUGAAAGUGAAGCAGAAGAUCAUUGUCAUCGUAAAGCUAUAGUUAUUGAUGGUACAUUAUACUCUGGAGAUAAUAUUAAACCUGAAACUCAACCAGAUAAUCAUAACAACCCUGGUCCCACUAUUGAAGAAAUGGACUCAAGUGGUGUUUAUUCUGAUUUUGAUAGAAUAUUUGAGGAGCCACCUGCACUUAAAGAUAGUUCAGAACCAGUUUCUUCUAAUAAUUCAACUUCUCCCUCAUCUGUUAACAGCCAACAAAUCCAUAUAGUUGCAAUAGAUCAGCCAUCUAGUUCGACGAUACCGGAAUGCACAGAAGAUGCAUCAAGCCCUGCUAGUAAACGUUACAAACGACCCACACCAGUGAAACCUAAAACCUUGGAGGUAAGACAAGAUCAGGAAAACAGAGCUCCAAGAACUAGAAAACCAGCAGGCCGUUGGGAUGCUGUAAUGAAUAAAAUAGAAAAAAGUAAAACUGAUCAGAAGAGCCGUGUCAAUCGGUUGAAGGAUGUCAAAAGCAAAAUUAAUUCUAUUAAUCCAUUGACAAUACCAUAUACUAACAGGUUGAAAGAAUCUCCCACAAAUAGCGAACCAUUGCCUGUCAGAUCUCACAGAGAAAAUACACCUUUAAAAGCCAAAAGCCGUAGAACUAGAGCUCGAGGUGGAUCAGAAUCCAAUUUACCAAUGUCAGACCUAAAACCUAAUUCUUCUAGGCAAAGAUGUAUUCCUAAGAGUUCUCAAAACAGUUCAAGAGAUAGUUCUUUUAGUGAUCUUAGUGGCGAAACCAAAGCUACAUUGAAGCAAGCAACAUCACAUCCUUCUUUAGUCAUCUUUAAGAUGAUACGCAUACUGCAAGGUAUCUUUAGUAUUUUCAACCGAGUGAAAACUCUUUUAAUUGGAAAUUAUGGCCACCAUUAUUUUGAAGAUUUAUGCUUAGAUAAAAAUUUUAAUCUGCGUUCGCCGUCUGUAAACGUUGUGGUACCAUCGGUGCGCAAACAUUCGACUACGCCUUCAAAAGCAACUCCUCAAAACCGCAGAUUAAACCCAGGUACGCAUUUUAAAAAUGUUUCAAUAUUUUAAAAUAUUUUAUGUUGU